AUGGACGACAGCGACCUCGACUCCGCCGCCGCCAAGGCCACCUCCCGCGUCCGGUGCGCCGCCAGCGACGACGACCACCGCGGCGAGGUGCUGCAGCCGGCCCGCCCGUUCAAGUCCCCGCGGCUCGCCUCCGCCUCCGCCUCCCACUUCACGCCGCCGCCCCCCGCGCCGCUGCCGCUGCCCCUGCCCCCUCCCCCGCCCUCGUCCCGGCUUAAUGCGUCUUCCUACGCCACGCCCGACGCAGCGGCGGCCAGGAACCGGCCCCCGGUCGUUGAGAGCCCCCCGCCCCCUGAGCUCUGGAGGCUUCCCAUGGGGAGCCCCAUCGCCGCCGCCUAUGACGGGGGCUUGCUCCCCUCCCUCUCCGUGGCCAACUUCAGAAAGUACCAGGACGUAGCCCUCUCGAUUCUGGAGAAAAGUGACUACACCUCUAUCAGUGGGAACCCAUACAUAAAGAAGUCAGGGUGGAGAAAAAUAUCUUGCUUCUUCAAUAUCUCGUUCGAAAUCAAGGAUCACUCCAUUGAGUUUGAUGAAAACCGUAAUGUCAACCGUGCUGAAUUUCUUGUUCGAGCAUGA